GUCAUCUGUCAGUGUACUGCAUGGAUCUGUUCGCACAAGUUCCAAAUGAGUUUUGAAGGGAGUUUUGCAUAAACCCUUUCAUCAAGAUGAACACAUCGCUCUCACUCAGUUCAGUGACUCUGAGCCGCAGCAACACAAGCACAUGUUCUCCUGAGCCUCAGCAUAUGUCUCUCGCCGUGAUCCUCUGUUUGGUCUAUGUGCUGGGUCUCCUGCUUAAUGGCUUCAGCUUGUGGGUCUUCACCUGUCGCAUUCACAAGUGGAACUCCGGAGUUCUUCUUCUGUUUAAUCUGGCUCUAUCUGAUGCUAUUAUAACUCCACUCACUCCUCUAAUGGCAGCAUAUUUCGCCAUGGGCAACUGGAUAUUUGGGAAGUUUGCCUGCCAGUUGAAGAUCGCAGUUCUGAGUGUGCACUUCAAUGGCAGCAUCCUCUUCCUCACACUCAUUAGUAUUCAUCGCUAUGUGACCGUGGUGCACUUCAAUCGCUCAUCACUUAUGAAAAGAAAGACUUUUGUGAAGAAACUUUGUGCUGGGAUUUGGUGUUUUCUUAUAAUAAACAGCAUUAUUUAUGGAUGGCUGCUUCCGGUGACCACUGAGGACAACCAUGGGCAGUGUCUUACUAUCCAUCAGACGAAGCUCACGAAUGCAUACUUUAUUAUUAACUUUGUGCUCUUCAUUUUCUGGUGUAUUUUGCCCUUAUCCGUGUCUGUGUUUUGCUAUGGUCGUCUGGCCAGCUCAGUGUCUCGUAUUAACAUACAUUCUAUACAGGGCCAGACAGUCAAAGCCAAGUCAAUGAGGAUGAUAGGCAUCUGUCUGGUCAUAUUUGGACUCUGCUUUCUUCCUCUCAAUGUGGUUCGGACCAUUGGAGUGGUUGUGAAAAAGUAUUACCCUGAGAAAUGCAGGCUUAUGUUGCGGUUGCAAACGGCAUAUUAUGUAUGUUACAUAUUAGCAGGAAUUAACUGUUGCUUGGACCCGCUGAUUUACUUUUUUGGUUCUCGUAGCUUCAUUAAAGCAUUCAGGAGGUCUCUGAGGACGAUAGGGAUGAGACGGAAUGUUGAGAAAAAGAGUGAUUCGGAAACAUUGAGUCAAAGUGUAAACAGAAACGUCAUUUAUAUAGUCUCGCAGUCAAAUUAAAGGGAUAGUUCACCCAAAAAGGAAAAUUCUGUCAUAAAUUACUCUCUUAGUUGUUCCAAACCUGUGUACAUUUCUUUGUUUGGUUGAACACAGAGAAAGAUAUUUGGAUGAAUGCUAUUGUUACAAAACAGUUAUAGGACCCCAUUGACUACCAUAGUAGGAAAAAUUACAAUGGUAGUCAGAAGUGCCCCAGAACUAUUUGCUGACCUGCAUUCUCCCAAAUAUCUACUUUUGUGUUUAACAGAACAAAACAAUUAUAAAGUAAUUAUGAAGUAUGGUAGUCAAUAAGGUCCAAUAACUAUUUGGUUGUAAGAAUUCUUCCAAAUACCUUUCUCUGUGUUCAUCACAACAAAUACAUUUACUGUGUACAGAUUUGAAACAACUCAAAGGUGAGUAAAUGAUGACAGAAUUUUUAUUUUUGGGUGAACUGUUCCUUUAUGCUGUGUAUUACAGUACAAUUAGUUUUUAAAGUUGUAUUAUUCCCUUACAGAAUACAAAAAAAUAAUAUAGAUUAGGAAUAAAAAUGAAAAAGUAAUAACUCUUUUCUUAUUAAAACUUAAAAAAUAAAUAUUUUCAUUCAAUUACAAAAUUAGUUUGUCAAUAUUGUGGUAUGUUUCCAUGUGCUUUUAUUCUCUGGCCUGCAC